AUGGAGAGUUCCCACCAGUACCGCACGUCCGCGUUCUCGAAGGUUGCCUGGAGCUGCUGCUCGGGGAUGAUUGAACCCGAACGACCGCUGUCUGUACACCUCGACCACGUAACCCCCUUCACUGAAAUGGCUCUUAGCAGCAUUUCGCUGUCGAGCAAGGCAGUCGCCGGGUUCUAUGCACCUGCAAUGAGUGCAAAGCAACCGAUACCCGUGGAGAAGGCACCAAGCUUAAGAUGA